GUGGAAUUCCUGGGUCAAAUGGUAGGUCUGUUUUGAGCAUUUUGAUGCACCUGGGUUGGACACUUUUAAGUGGUGAUUUUUAUUGUAUGAGAAUUAUACAGCUGUUAUUUUUUUUUUAAGAGACAAGGAUGUUAUGGAUUACAUGUUUAUGCCCCCCCAUUCAUCUGUUGAAAUACAAACACCCAAUGUAAUGUGGGCUAAAAUGCAAAAUAUUACUGGAUUCAUGAUUUCUCUGCUCCCACCCACCUAGAGCACCCUGUCAGAUAGGUACUUUCCAUUUCUCUCAAUCAUAGCUCCUUGUCUGUUUCUUUCAGACAACUCACCACACUGUGUAAUUAUCUAACUUGUCUUCUUGCUUAUCUGUCUUCCUUUUUAGACUCGAAGUCCAGGAGAUCUGGGAUCUAGUUUCUCUUGUUCCCUACUGUAGCCUGAGACUCUGUCUGGCACAGUGCCUGGUAUAUAUAGUGGGCACUCAAUAAAUAUUUGUGACACGAAUGAGUGAACCCAGAUAAAAGGAAACAUUCUUAUUAAUCACAGUGUUUCUCCACUGGAAAGCUGAUGAACAGGACACUCUGAACCCUCUUCUUGGGUUGUGUCUGCUAUUCCACGCUGUGUCAAGGACACCUGGCCCUCCAGGCACAUUGUCAGUACUGGGUCCCAGAUGCAGUCCUUGUUCUGGGCUCAGGCUUAGAGCGGUGGUGGCUGUGGGGAAGAGAAGCUUCUGGAAUUCCUUAACGUAGAUAGGAGCACGAGUGAGAGCCGUGGGAUGGACAAUCAUGUGGAGGGGGAGGAGGGGGAGUGGGGAGCAUCACAAUAAUCUAGGAGAGGAUGAAGCCUCAACAGCAGCAGGGCUGUAGGGGACAGGGCACAUCUGAGAGAUAUUUAGGAGGUAAAUUAAGCAGGACUUGGUGGUUUGAUUGGGUAUUGAAGAGAAGAAACUUGGAGCACCCAGAGUGAUCUCAAGGCUUUAAACAAAUCAGUGCCAGAGCCCUCUCCUUUUGGCCUGUAUGUUCCUCAGUCCACAGGCACGGAAAUGGCCCCACAGUUCAUUCAGGACUUACGGUGGCCCUCGCAGGUAUCCUGUCCCCCGUUGAGCUCUGACGCACACGCUCCCUGCGCUGAAGGGGCUCAGGUCUGGCCUCGGAGACAGGGACACUGCCUCGGCGAUCAGGUAAGGGGGACGGUGGGGAACAGGGUAGGAGGAGGCUUCACGGGGAGACGGCUAAGCGGGGUCUCCCGGAAGAACAGGUGUUUGCCAGGGUGGAAGGAGGUGGGCAAGUAAAUGAGGGCUGGAGGUAAAGCUCAAGGGAAGUCAGUAAGACGAAUUAAGAAAUCAGAAAGGGGGCUGUGGAGGGGUUCCAGCACGGGGGUGUGAGUGCGAGGGUCAGAUGGGACGCACCAGGCUGGGCAGCGCUUUGAAACCGUCCUGGAGUUUGGAUUUAUCUCGUGGCCAACGGGGAAGCCACAGUGCUGCCCUAACUCACAGAUUAAAUUCAGGGGAGGCAGCCGAAACCCCCGGGCUGAAGCGGAGGGCGAGGGGUGCCCCCAGCUAGGGACCUCCCAGUCCUGCACCCACAUCCCCAGGAGCGGAGGCUUUGGGCAGAACCAUUCCCCGGAGGUGGAGAGGGGAGAAGGAGCCCCGCAGUCGGAACCCAAGCGCACAGAACCACCUGGAACCUCCAUUCCGCGCUUCCUUGCUCUUCUCUUAUUUUUGCACUUUGCUCCGCCACCAGUGACCCCUCUCCCGCGCGGCCUCCGGUUCCUGGCACCAGUGUUUGCCCCUCGGCCGCCCCUUCCCGCGCGUGGUUCGACCUGGCGGGCGCCAGCUACAGGCACAGGUUAUAAACGCCUGGCUGCGGCAGCCGACUGCGGACUCAAGAUGCGCCCGAAAGAGCCGGGGUGGGCCUGCGCUGGAACCCCGCCCGGACCCGGGCACCCAGCGGCGGUCACCCCCACGCCCCCUCCCGCAGCCGAUCCCGCUCCGGAGCCCUCCGCGGAGCCUGAACCCGCCCCUGCGCAGCCACCGGCUACUGGACAGGGAGCAGGAUCCGGAUCCUCAUCAGUCUCGCGACCCCCAGCCAGAGCUCGCCGGGCCUCCGAACCUGGGUCGGAGGCAGGAGCCCAGCGAGCGUCCGCAUUCUCGGGACGGACUGCUCAGUCCGUGCACCGCAACUCGGAUGCGCCGUGGACCCGUUUCAUAUUCCAAGGGCCCUUUCGUCCCCGGGCCACUGGCCUGGGGAUUGGGAAGGCGGCGGGCAUCUGGAAGACGCCAGCCGCCUACGUGGGCCGAGGGCCCGGGGAGUCGGACCCCAAGCGCGCUGCCUUUAUUCGGGAGCUGGAGGAAGCACUGUGUCCUGAUCGACCCCUGCCAGCCAAGAAGGUCACCCAAGAAGAUGUCAGAGUGAUGUUAAAUUUGCUAGAGGAGAGAGAGCGGGACCUGAGCGCGGCGGCUCGCAUUGGCCAGUCCCUAGUGAAACAGAACAGUGUUCUGAUGGAGGAGAACAGUGAGCUGGAAGCCAAGCUGGGCUCGGCCGGGGAAGAGAUUUUACAGCUCAGACACCAGGUAAGCUUGCGGGAUGACCUCCUUCAGCUCUACUCAGACUCUGAUGAGGAGGAAGAGGAGGAGGAGGAGGAGGAAGAGGAGGAGGAAGAGGAGGAAGAGCAUCAGUGUGGCCGUCCCCAUGAGCCCCCUGAGCCGAGCCCCCUGACAGAGGUGAAGUCAGGGCACCACUGCCUGCAGCUGGGAGCCCUGCAGGAGCAGCUGAGGCUGCUGGAGGAGGAGAACCAUCAGCUGCGAGAGGCCUCUCACCUGGAUGCCCUUGAGGAGGAGGAGCAGAUGCUCAUUCUGGAUUGUGUGGAGCAAUUUUCGGAGGCCAGCCAGCAGAUGGCUGAGCUGUCGGAGGUGCUGGCGCUCAGGAUGGAGAACCAUGACCGGCAGCAGAGGGAGGUCACCCAGCUGCGGACCCAGGUCCUGAAGCUGCAGCAGCGCUGCCAGCUGUAUGGGGCUGAGACCAAGAAGUUGCAGCAGCAGCUGGCCUCAGAGAAAGAAAUCCAGAUGCAGCUCCAGGAUGAGCCCAGGCAUCCUGGCCCCCCUGGGGAGAGCAGGCACGGCUCGCUGCUGGACAUGCCUGGGUCCCAACAGAACCUGUGGGUGGGCUCCCAGCUGCAGGACCUGCGGGUGAGGUACACGGAGUGUGGAGGCAUGCUGAUUGAGGCCCAGGAGGAGGUGAAGACCCUCCGCCAGCAAGCCCUGGUGACCAGCAGCUCUGUCACCCACUGUGCAUACACUGUACCUCUGGAGACCCUGGCCGAAGAGCUCAGAAUGUCCAUAAGGAGGAUUAUCUCAGACCCUGUGUUUUUUAUGGAAAGGAAUUGUGAAAGGACCACAGAGGAGGCAUCAGGCCUGGGAUGUGAGCUGCACCACAGUGAGGAGCGAGAGCAGGAACAGGGGAUCGAGGCUGAGAAGGGGUUGAUGCCAGCAGAGGAUUUUGUGGUGGAAGAUUUCAUGCCAGAGGAGGAGCUGUGGGCCACAGAAGAGGUGGUGCUGGCUGAGGAAGGGGUGACAGAAGACGCAGAGCUAGUGUCCGAGGAGGCUGAGGCCUGGGAAGAGGUGGAGCCAGAGGUGGAUGAGGCAACGCAGACGCACAUGGUGGCCUCAGCCCUGGAGGCCGGUGGCUUGAGCUCCUCCCACCUGGACAUGAAGUAUGUCCUCCAGCAACUGGCCAACUGGCAGGAUACCCAUUACAGGCAGCAACUGAGGCAGAAGACGCUCCAGAAAGGCUCCCCAACCAUGCAGCCAUGGCAGCAGCAGGCCAGAGCAAACGUGGGAGGCAGGGGCGGGGAGCAGCAGCCCUGGGCGCCAACCUGGGGCUUUCAGAGGCUGGAGGAGGACAGGGCCUGGGAGGAAGAGGGGCCUUCUGGGGCCACCCAGGCCUUUGGGACAAAGGCCUCCACCAGCAAGGGCCACAGUUGGACCAGUCCCCUGGGCUUUGCUGUUUCCCAGCAGCCUGCAGAGGCCCCACCCACCCCAGACCCUCCUUCCCAUCCUCCAACAUGGGACCCCCUGUCUGUCGCCAGCCCACCCUCUGUCCUGAUGAACCUGGGCCGGAGCCUAAGGGCCCAAGGCUCCACCCUUUUCUGGGACAGGCUGAAGAAACCAGCUGUCCUUCUGCAGCUGGUGCAAAAGCUGUGGCUGCUGGGCCUGGAUCAUGUGGUGGCCCUGGGGGCGCAAGAAGCCCAGGGGGAGGCCUGCUAGCUCCUAGACCCAGCUCUGAGCUGGGGCAGGGCUCAGGCCCUGGUGCAGGAAGGAAGGAAUUCUGAGUACCCUUCUAGCCAUAUGCCCUUCACCACUGACCCCCAAAUUAAGGGUGGCUCCCAAGUCCUUGCUGGCUUUUAGGGACCUGGCUCUCUUCCCCCAUUCUUGGCCCUUUCUUCUCAGUCCCUAAUUAUUGUUUGUAACCAGAAGUGUCUGUACAUGUGGUUGAGGAUUCUCUCUGCCUUUGGGCCUCCCCACCUCCCUGCCUGUGGCCUAUGAGUGUCCAGGCUCCUGCCCAGGGCCUGCUCACCCCUCACCACAGUCCUCCCUUGUGCCCACUGCUUCCUUCUCAGCAUUCUGCCCUUUCCCACCCUGUGCUCAUUAACCGCUGGAGGCUGGGGCUUAGGACCCCCGUAGGAGCCUGCCCUGCUCCCUUGCAGGGCUUCGCACUCUCCCGUCACUUUGUCAGCCUGUGUACGUGCUGGUGCAGGAAAUAAAGGACUUGUGUGCUCUCUG